AUGGCAGCUACAGUUUCCCCGAUUGCUAAUCUUAAACUUCUUAACCAUCGUAACACAGUUUCCCCGAUUGCUAAUCUUAAACUUCUUAACCAUCGUAACUAUGAAGAUUGGAGUUUCCGGGUGAAAGUGUACCUGUUAGCUGAAGAUGUUUGGGACCUUGUGGAAGCAACCACUGAACCACCUAAACCAGAAGAUGGUGAGGUUGCGUUUAAGGCUUGGAGGAAGAAUAAUGCUAAGGCUUUACUUGCAAUCCAGACGUCUUGCGGGGAUGAUACUUAUCCUAUAAUCAAGGGCAUUACCGAAGCCAAAGCUGCCUGGGAUGCUUUGGCUGAAGAGCUAAAGUCUUCUGAUUCUGAUAAAGAGCUAAAGCCUUCUGAUUUUAGCUCUUCUGAUUCUGAUGAAGAGCUGCCUUCUGAUUCUGAUGAAGAGCUAAAGCCUUCUGAUUCUGAAGAGCUGAAGCUAAAGCCUUCUGAUUCUGAAGAGCUGAAGCCUUCUGAUUCUGAAGAGCUGAAGCCUUCUGAUUCUAAAGAAGGGCAUAAUAAUAAUGAUGAUGAGAGCGAUGUGAAUUAUGCUCCUUUGUACGAUAGUUUGAAGCGUGGUGAUUGGAAUGCUGCAAAGGAGUUUAUUGAUCGACACCCCGAGGCACUAACACAUAGAGGUUCAUCAAGCGGUGGGACAGCUCUUCACGAGGCAAUCGAGAGGAAGCAGUUACACAUUGUGGAAGAGUUGUUGAAGCUGAUGACAGAAGAGGACUUGGAAAUUGAAGAUGACAAUGGUUGCACAGCUUUUUUCUAUGCUUUGCAAAAAGGAAUGGCCGCAAUAGUUGCCAAAAUGGUUAAAAAGAACAAGAGUUUAGUUACCAUGCGUUUUACCAACGUAACAGGAAAUAGGACUCCAGUUUUAGUCGCUUAUACCUUGGGCCAUUGGGAAAUAGCUCGCUUUCUCUAUUCUCUUACUCCAAUCCAUGUUUUGACUCAAGACAAUAGCGGCCGCGAUGGUGCUCAACUUAUUUCCAAUUGCUUUGUCCACAGAAAUAAAUUUGAUAUUGGAUGGGAUUUACUUCGGCAUUGCCCAAAAUUGGUUCUUACUGAAAGUUACUUCGGGCACUCCCCUCUAAAUUCCCUGGCUGGUAUUCGUUCUGCAUUUUCAAGCGGGAUUUCUCUAAGAUUUUGGGAACGCUGGAUUUAUAACAAUAUACAACCUCAACCUGCUCCUAUCAACUCUGAUGUUUGUGUAAAUUUUGAAGAACUAGAAGAUGACAAAAGAAAUAGAAGGGAUCUCAUUUCCUCAGUUACGGAUUUCUUCCAAGGAGUUGUUAAGAAUCUUCACAAACGGUUAGGAAUCCAUGACUUGCAUGAAAUGAGAUUGCACCAUGACCGAAUUCUUCAAAUUCUACCGCUCAUGUGUGACGUGGCAACAAGUAGAAAUCUUGACUCGAAGCAAACUGCCUUCGUGAAAAAGGCAAUCUUCCGAGCUGUAGAAGGAGGACAAGUGGAGUUCAUUAAGGAGAUGUGUAAGGCGAAUCCAAGAAUCCCACUAAUAAUGGGGGAUGAAAGCGGCAGGACAAUAUUUCAUUAUGCCGUUGAAUGUCGUCAAGAAAAAGUUUUUAGUCUUAUAUAUCGGCUCAGUGAAUAUGAUAGGAAUCAUAUCUUAACAAGGGCAGAUAAUUUUAACAAUACUAUCCUACAUGCAGCAGGGAGUUUAUCUGCACAUCUUAAUCAUAUUCAAGGUGCAGCUUUGCAAAUGCAAAGAGAGCUACAAUGGUUUAAGGAGGUGGAGCGUAUUUUACACCCCCAGCACUUGGAAAUAAGAAAUAAGACCGAGCAAAUAACAGCACGAGAACUAUUCACCAAGAACCACAAAAAAUUGGUGAAGGAAGGAGAAGAGUCAAUGAAAGGGACAGCAACUUCUUGCACAGUCGUAGGUGCCCUCAUUGUUACCAUUAUGUUUGCUGCGGCAUUUACAGUUCCUGGUGGAAACAAUCAAGAUACAGGUUUUCCCAUCUUCUUAAGAAAGAAGUUCUUUAGGGUUUUUCUUAUUUCAGAUUCUAUAUCACUCUUUUCUUCGACAACAUCAGUGAUGAUAUUCUUGGGAAUUCUCACAUCACGUUAUGCAGAAGACGAUUUCCUCAGGUCUUUGCCCACAAAAAUGCUAUUAGGCCUUUUCACCCUUUUUUUAUCUAUCGCCGCCAUGAUGGUUGCUUUUUCGUCAACUCUUUUUAUUAUGCUUGAGGGAGAAUCAUGGGUAUCUAUUCCAAUCAGUUUGCUUGCCGGCGUUCCAAUCGCCUCGUUUGUGUGGAUGCAGUUCCCCCUCUUUCUUGACAUUUUCAUGUUUACUUAUGGAAGAGGAAUACUUGACAAGAAAUGCAGAGCCUGGGAAUAAAAUCCUAAUUAUGCGGUGUGAUGUUUGUCUUCUGAUGUCAUGUGAUGUUCGUCUUUGGCUUUGUCACUUUUAAGAAAUUUUUGUGAAAUAUGUAAAGAAAACACAAUAUACGUGUGUUUCUAUAUAUCUAUUUCGUUCAAAUAAUACCAUCCUUAUAAUUAA